UGCUCCUCUCAUUCACUUCACAGCGAGUAGGUGGUGGACGUGAUCUGUGUGUCCGCUGUAACUCAUCAAACAUGUACUAUAAAGUCAGCGGAGUUACCGGGAAAUUAACGGGAGUCACCGCAGCUUCCGCUUACAGCCCUCAGGGGCUGAAGCCCACGGUGCCCUCUCAACCUCCUCCCAUGGUUUUUGCCUCGCCAACUAAGGUGGUUUCAGAGGCAGGGCCAGCAGUUCACUACAUGGGAAUAAACAAAGUCCCUGAGAUGCAGAAGAUCUUCCAGAAAGCUGAUGGAGCACCAGUUCACCUAAAGCGUGGAGUCAUGGACAAAAUGCUGUAUAGGACCACAAUGGGCUUGACGAUCGGUGGCACCCUCUACUGUUUAAUGGCCUUGUACGUCGCUGCCCAGCCCCGGAAACCGCAGUGACCUGCUCUUUCUGUGCGCUGCAUGAUUAAAUACUGAUGACACGGACUAUUGUCAUUCUCCCUUCAAAGACGGUCACAAAAUCGCAUUAUUACUCCAAUGUUUUUUCACAUCUGUUAAACCACUCUUAUUUACAACUGCAAUAUUUUGUGUAACCAAUCCCUGCUGAUUAUAGAAGUACAUCUAUUCUAACGGUCAUGUUACCUGUCUGAAAACUAAACUUUCUGAUGAGUUUUCUGGGUAUGAUGGGGUCAUUAUUGCAUGCAUAUAUUCAAGAGUGUUGUUUUGGAUUUCAAACCAUUUCUUUACCCUCUCAUAGGAACGUCUAACUGGUCCCUCCUAUACACAAUUGGCAGCAAUUUACCAUGGUCUAAAUUGUAAUGCCUUUGGGGGAAAUAAAUAAUUGAACUCAUGAACCAGCAAUCCACAGCAGGUUUUGAUCUUGCCUUUAGUCCCAUUUUCAUAAUCGUCGUGACUAUCACACACUGCUCAGAUAUACUGACCUAUUUGAAUCCCCCCAUAUCUGUUGACCUAUGACAGUGAAUUUUUACAGCCUAUUAGUCUGUAAAAUAAUUCCUUGUAGUUUGUAUUUAGGAGAAUAAAUAUAUUUUGUUUGUAAAAAGUGAAAGUCUAAUUUCUGUGUUGGCUUGUUACAGUCCUUAUGGUAGAUGUUGUUUUCAUGUUUUUCUGUAUCUUAGCCGAGAGCAAACAACAUCUUUGUGAUCUUGGAUUCAAUGUUGCCAGAUAGGAAAUUAGUCUGAUGGGACUGCGUAUUAGUGGUAAUAAAAACAAAAUCAUUUCAUCA